UGUAGAGGGCGUUUGGCGAUGGUUGCCAAUUUCGAGACCGUUGUCGCGAUGGCGGCGUAUGUCGUCUAGCAGGAAUGCGGCACAUGAAUCCGCGUCUGCAGGCCGUACGUCUGGCAGCAGAAGCGAAUUUGCAUGUGUGGCGUGCGCCAGCAUGGCCAGUACGAUGCCUGAGCUGGCAGUUGGACUGGACGGAACGGCUGCUGUUGCGGGAGAUGCCGGGCCCGGGCGUUCCAUUGUGGGCCAAGCCAAGAUAACGGGAGUGGUGGGCACGGGACAGGGGCGAUUGGCCAGAAAGAGGUGGCGUGGGGUUGUGUCACGGGUCCGAAACACCAGACAUCCGCACCGUGCGCUGACAGCAACCGGGCCAGAGGGCCGCUGUUGCUGCACCAGGCGCCACAUGCCAGACGUCAGACAAAUAUAUGCCAGACAUACACCAGACGCACCCACCGACAGUCCACGCCAGGCACCACCGCCAUAUAUACCGUCUCCACCGUCCUCCCCCACGCCUCGCACCCGGUGGAUCCUGCGUUGAAUCCGCCCGCUUAUCGGCAGCCACCUCUACGCCCCGUGUCGCAUGUCGCACCACUGCCGAACCUCCUCACGUGCACCACUACUCCUCCACACUCCCAUCCGUACUACUGUACAAUUCCCAGCCACCUCCCCAGCCAAACAUCCGUACUUCUCUAACCUCUCGCAUCGCCCCCAUCGCCCCCAUCUCCCCCCAUCUCGCUCCAUCCUCUCCCUCUUCCCCUUCCCAAUCCUCUCCCUCUAUCCAUCCCCCCUCCACGCGCUCCCAAAAAGCAAUUUUCCGUUUGUACUCAGAAAAAUUCUCGUUCAAUAUCCUACACGGUAAGCGGUUGAUACUCCUUAUCAGACAUCAGCACCAGUUCGCCAGAACUACCCCACCAUCAGCUCCUCCUCCACAGCCACGUCAUCGACGUGAACACCAGCCGCCCACGUCCCCUCCACGCUAGGCGCAUCCAGCAACUAUCACCUCCCAGUCCAACGCCACCACAACCACCAUGGACUUAAGGGUGGGCAAG